UUUGUCUGUGUCCUUCAGUUCUUGUUUUUCUUUUUUCUUUUCUUUCUUUUGUUUUGCUGUUUGUGGAGGAGCUGAGGUUGUUUCUGUUUUUGUGUUGUUUUUGCUUAUUUGUUGUUGUUUCGGAGUUUAUUGACACUGAUCCUGGAUCAGAAUGGAGCUGACAGAUGACUAUGGCCUCAUCAGUUCACACCGCCUCCUGGACUCCUCCUCUCUCUCCUCUUCCUCCUCCUCCUCCUCUUCCUCUGCUGCUGAUGAAGCUCAUUCUCCGUCUUCUUUCCUCCAGUCUGUUCCUCUAAGCCCCUCCUUCACCUUGGAGGCCAUGCCCAUUUUAAGCCCCUCCCACUCUGCCUUCCUCCUGCCCAGCCCCGCCUCCUCCUCCUCCUCCUACAGCCUCCUCUGUGGAGCUCCAGAGCCCGACUCUCCAACAGGAUCUAGUUCCAGCGGCGGAAGCGUCGGUGGAAACACCACUCUGUGCUUUUCUGUGUCACAGGAGACGUCGUUUUCAGCUCAGGUGGACUCCAUCCUCAGGGGGGACUACCUGACCCCCCUGGGUCCUGGGGGUCCUAAACGCCUCUGUCUGGUCUGUGGGGACUUCGCCUCAGGUUUUCAUUACGGCGUGGCGUCCUGCGAAGCCUGCAAGGCGUUUUUUAAGAGGACCAUACAAGGGAACAUUGAGUACAGCUGUCCCGUCAUGAAUGAGUGUGAAAUCACCAAACGGCGGCGGAAAGCCUGCCAGGCCUGUCGCUUCCAGAAGUGUCUGCAGGCCGGCAUGAUGAGGGAGGGUGUUCGCAUGGACCGCGUGAGAGGAGGACGACAGAAGUACAAGAGGAGGGCGGAGUCAGUGUUGACUUUACACAACAAAUGUGCAUAUUUACAACCUGUCGCCAACAGAAACAAGGUGAUCUCUCAUUUGCUGCUUACUGAGCCCGCCCCCCUGGCGGCCAAUCAGGACGAUUCGACCUGUGACAUCAGCCUGCGGACGCUGCUGACCCUGUGUGACCUCCUGAACCGGGAGCUCCUGGUUCUGAUCAGCUGGGCCAAACAGAUCCCAGGGUUCUCUGCGCUCUCAUUGGUCGACCAGAUGUCACUGCUGCAGAGUGGUUGGAUGGAGGCGUUGUUGGUGGGCGUGGCCUGGCGCUCUCAGAUGUCGGGGGAUGACCUGGUGUUUGCGGGGAACCUUCGUCUGGAUGAGGGGCGGUGUCGAGCCACGGGAUUGGCCGACAUGUACGAGGCCGUGCGUCACCUGACCUCCAGGUAUCGAGCCAUGAACCUGAGCCCCGAGGAGGCGGUGACGCUGAAGGCCGUGGCACUGGCCAACUCUGAUGCUAACCCGGUGGACUGUCCGGACUCGGUGCAGAGGUUCCAGGACGGGCUCCACGAGGCCCUGCUGGAGUACGAGGCGUCCCGCAGAGAGCAUCACCGAGCGGGCCGUCUGCUCAUGAGCCUCCCCCUGCUCCGACAGACGGCCGAGCGCAGCGUCCAGACGCUGCUGAGGCUGCACCGCCAGCGCCACUUCCCCCUGCACAAACUACUGCUGGAGAUGAUGGACGCCAAGGCCUGAAGCAGAACCAGGACCACAACCGGAACCAUGACCAGAACCACAAACAGAACCAGAA